AUGACAUCAAUUACACAGCUACUUUCGCCAUGGCCAACAGUCACUAAGCAUUCGAUAGUGCUAAGAGAGCAGUACAUGCCGCCAGCACCACCAAUCCAGGAGUACAAGGACUACUCAGCCACUAUGCAACAAGACUCGCCAACACGUCAAUCAAAUGACCCAUCGUCACCUCCAGAUCAAGCCGAUAACUUGUCAGGCAAUCCAGAUAGCGACGGUGGUGAGAACGGCAGCGACGGGCGGAAAGGCUACGGCAAACGAGAGUUGAGCACCAGCAAGCGAGCUGCCCAGAACAGAGCCGCACAAAGAGCUUUCCGGCAGCGGAAGGAAGGAUAUAUCAAGAAGCUCGAGGAGCAGGUCCGCGACUACCAGAUCUUAAGCGAGAAUUUCAAGCAAGUGCAAUCCGAGAACUAUCAAUUACGCGACUACAUCAUCAACCUGCAAUCACGGCUCCUCGAGUCUCAAGGCGAGGUUCCUCCACCACCCAGCAAUGUCGAUGGGCUGCAGCCGGGCAAGGCCGCCCCUUCACACCCUGGUACAUUACCGCGAUUAUCAGAACUAGGCUCUGUUGGCAACGCGUCGAACGAUAAUGGAACGACACAGUACGCCGACCCAGCGUUGACACGAAGUGCUUAUCCGGACCCAUCCUUCGCCGACAGGAUGAGGACUUCUUCUGCUGAACUCACUCCUUCACAAGCCGCGCUCCAAGGGCCAUCUGUUCUGGCAAACUCACCUUCGUCUACGCGGAGCUGA